AUGACACAGAUGCUUCCUCGGCUGAACUUGGACAUCCUCGUCAACGUCAUAAACGUGAUAGAAAAUCCUUGCCAGAUCGUCAGAUCGUUCAUGUACCUCAACCGUUAUUUCUACCACGAGGGUGCCAAGGUUGCUCUUCAACGCCCCAUUAUGCUUGACGGGCUAGAUGAACUGGAGCUCUUCCUACGCUUCGUCAAAGCCGAGAAGUGGACACGCUGUCGUUACCUCCGCCAUCUUUGCUAUGCGGUCGACGAAUCCGAUAGAUGCGGAAACAUAUACGUACCUCUCGUCGCUAAAUUCAUCACCCGUUGCACCAAACUCGAGACCCUCAGACUCGGAAGUGGAGGAGCCCUCUUCUUUGACAACAAGGUCUGGGACGCCUGCGCUAUGCUCUCCUCCCUGCGAAAUCUGGAUAUCUAUGUAUACUCCAGCUUAUGCGUUUCCGAGCUACUCCAGGGGCUCAAAUCUACUCUUUCAAACGUCCGUCUUCGGAUAGAAGAGGCACACGAGGAAUUCCAGCUCGACCUCGACGACGAUCCGACUCUCAACCGCUUACACCCCAUCACGCUCUUCGCCAACCACCGCGACACCCUCGAGUCGCUCAUCUGCGAGCAGUGGUAUGGGGCCGAGCUCAUGCCCACCGCCUCCCAUGUCUACCCCAAACUGCUCCGUCUCGCCAUCGACUAUGUCAUCGUCCGCGACGUCGCACGCCUGGUCCGCGCGUAUCCCAACCUGCGGUACCUCCGUUCCAGCACAGCCCGCAGGCACGACAUCGUCGGCGAUGAAGAGAAGCGCCAGAUCCGCGGCGAGAAUCUCAACAGCCAGACUGGCGCCGGCAGGACGUCGUGGCCGUGUUUGCAGGCCUUCUCAGGCGGCAUCGACGAGCUUUACAUACUCGGUCUCCCUGGACGCAUCCGGCGCAUCGAGUUCCAGACAGUCAGAGCAGGGUGCGUCCUCGAAGGCAACGCGCUCCGGAACGAGAUGCUCGAGGAAGUCCUGGCGCACGCCCAGCCGGAACAUCUCCGGCUCGAAUGCAACGACGUGCUCCUCGGGGACGCCCGGUCGGGCCUCAUCGCCGCCCUGCGCGGGGCCGGUGGGGAGAGCCUCCGCUCGCUCUACGUCGAGGCCCGCCUCGUGUCUGAGGACUGCGACUACCACCAAAUCUUCACGGAGCUUGCAACCUCGCUGCACAGCACCCGCUUGGCGGUCCUCGACCUCGACGUGCGCCUUGGGAAGACGGACCAUGUGCUCCCCGUCAACCCUAUCUCGUCAUCGGAAGACGAGUCGUGGUCUGACGGAGAAAGAGAGCGGCGAAAACGCAUCCACGAACUGCGGCGACGCUCGCCCCCGCCUCCACCAUCGACCGACGCUGAAGAAUCGACGACGCGCAUCGAUCCCGACGAGUACCUGCGCGACCUCUGGGAGACCAUGCCGACUCUGGACGAAGCCGUGAUGCGGAUCCAGAACCCACGGCGCGGGAGGCACAACAUGGGGUUCAGGAAGGCGACGGUGUUGAGGGGCACGGCACGGCGGGAGGACUGGCCGAAUGAAUGGGCCACGAUUCCGAGUGUGCCCAACUGGCGUUGGGGCUGGUAG